AGAGAAGCCCAGCGGAGGGAGUCUCACUUCUGCCAAGUACAACAAACUCGGAGCCCUCACCGGUCUGGCUGGUGUGCCUCAGGGAGACUCCUGCCGGGACCAGGGAGCUAGGAGACGGACCUCUACAGGGAGAGGGCAGGCCAGCCCCAGAGGGCACCCAUGCGGCCCCAAGGCUGAGUCCUGUCAGGGUCUGGCCUUGGCCUCAGACCCCCAAGGAGCCAGCCCUACACUCCAUGGGGUUGCCGCUCCCCAAGGAAAAGGGGCUCAUUUUCUGCCUGUGGAGAAAGUUCUGUAGACUGUUCCAGAGACAGGAGCCCUGGGCUCAAAGCCAAGACGAGCAGUACCUGCUGCAGCAGAAGAGGAUCUGGGAGUAUCCUCUCCUUCUAGCUGCCAAAGAGAAUGAUGUGCAGGCUCUCAACAAGCUGCUCAAGAAUGAUGCCUGUGAGGUGCACCAGAGAGGAGCCAUGGGGGAGACAGCGCUGCACAUAGCUGCCCUCUCUGACAACUUGGAGGCUGCCAUUGUGCUGAUGGAGGCUGCCCCAGACCUGGUCUUUGAGCCCAUGACAUCUGAGCUCUUUGAAGGUCAAACUGCACUGCAUGUAGCCAUCAUGAACCAGAAUGUGAACUUGGUGAGAGCCCUGCUUGCCCACGGGGCCAGUGUCUCUGCCAGGGCUACAGGCACAGCUUUCCACCACAGCCCGCACAACCUCAUCUACUUUGGGGAGCACCCUUUGUCCUUUGCUGCCUGCAUGGGCAGUGAGGAGAUUGUGCGGCUGCUCAUUGAGCAUGGAGCUGACAUCCGGGCCCAGGACUCCCUGGGAAACACAGUGUUGCACAUCCUCGUCCUCCAGCCCAACAAAACCUUUGCCUGCCAGAUGUACAACCUGCUGCUGUCCUAUGAUAGGUGCGGGGACCACCUGCAGUCCCUGGACCUUGUGCCCAAUCACCAGGGUCUCACCCCCUUCAAGCUGGCCGGAGUGGAGGGCAACACUGUGAUGUUCCAACACCUGAUGCAGAAGCGGAAGCAUAUCCAGUGGACAUGUGGGCCGCUGACCUCCACUCUCUACGACAUCACGGAGAUUGACUCCUCGGGGGAAGAGCAAUCUCUGCUUGAACUUAUUAUCACCACCCACAAGCGGGAGGCUCGCCAGAUCCUGGACCAGACACCGGUGAAGGAGCUGGUGAGCCUCAAGUGGAGGACAUAUGGGCAGCGGUACUUCUGCAUGCUGGGUGCCAUUUACCUGCUGUACAUGAUCUGCUUCACUAUUUGCUGCAUCUACCGCCCCCUCAAGCCCAGGACGAGUAAUAUCACCAACUCCCGGGACAUAACCAUCCUAGAGCCGAAGCUGCUUCAGGAGGCCUACAUGACCCCUAAAGAUGGCAUCCGACUGGUGGGGGAGUUCGUGACUGUCAUUGGAGCGGUGAUCCUUCUGCUUGCAGAGAUUCCAGACAUCUUGAGAGUGGGAUUCACUCGCUUCUUUGGACAGACCAUCCUUGGAGGGCCGUUCCAUGUCCUCACGAUCAUCUAUGCCUGCAUGGUGCUGGUGAUCAUGGUGAUGCGGCUCACCAACACCAAGGGGGAGGCGGUGCCCAUGUCCUUCGCCCUGGUGCUGGGUUGGUGCAACGUCAUGUAUUUCGCCCGAGGAUUCCAGAUGCUGGGCCCCUUCACCAUCAUGAUCCAGAAGAUGAUUUUUGGCGACCUGAUGCGAUUCUGCUGGCUGAUGGCAGUGGUCAUCCUGGGCUUUGCCUCAGCCUUCUAUAUCAUCUUCCAGACAGAGUCCCCCAACCAGCUGGGCCAUUUCCAUGAUUACCCCAUGGCACUGUUCAGCACCUUUGAGCUCUUCCUCACCCUCAUUGAUGGCCCUGCCAACUAUGAUGUGAAUCUGCCGUUCAUGUACAGCCUCACCUAUGCUGCCUUCGCCAUCAUCGCCACGCUGCUCAUGCUCAACCUCCUUAUCGCCAUGAUGGGUGACACUCAUUGGAGGGUGGCCCAUGAGCGGGAUGAGCUCUGGAGGGCUCAGGUCGUGGCCACCACAGUGAUGCUGGAGCGGAAAGUGCCUCGCUGCCUGUGGCCUCGCUCUGGGAUCUGCGGGCGAGAGUAUGGACUGGGGGACCGCUGGUUCCUCCGGGUGGAAGACAGACAGGAUCCCAACCAGCAGCGACUCCGGCGCUAUGCACAGGCCUUCCACAACCCAGGCUCCCACGACGUGGACAAAGACACAGAAACUCUGCAGCUGGGCCGUUCUUUCAACUCCUACCUGUCCCUUACUACCCCUUCAGUGUCUCGGAGUACCUCCCGCAGCAGCACUAACUGGGAGAGGCUUCGGCAGGGGACCCUACGGAAAGAAUUGACGGGGGUGCUCAACAUGGGUCUGGAAGACGAGGAGGGCUGGGAAUAUCAGAUCUGAGCACUGCUCUUGCUUUGGUUCCCAGCAGGUGCUCUCAGGUUCCUGGGAGCAUCAGAAACACAAAAACAAAAUCCAAAAUACCUAAAGGUCUAAUCUCUCAGGUCAGGGGGGAAAGGAGAGUAGAAUGAAUUAGGAAUGGGAAUAACUGUGCCCCACGUCUCCACUACUCCUUCAGCUCUGAGGCAAAUGGAAACCAAGGAGGUGGCACACACCUCAUCCAGAGCACAGGGCCGAGCGUGAAAGCCAAUGAGGCCCCGGCCUGCGCCCACUCUUCAGCCUUACUGAAGUACUCUGCACUGUCGGAGCAAAGCACUUUAAGGGCAGGCUUGCCACCUCAGGCAUCCAGUGUCCACCCCAGUGUCAGAAGAAGAAGGGAGAGAGCCCAGACAGCUGUGGGAGAGGCUUGUGGAAAGUGUGUGAUUGAGGAGAGAGGCACCACUUUGCGGGUGGGGUGAAGCUGGUUGUGUCUUGCUAACUUCUUUCCAACAAAGUUGUUC